AUGGACAUGGACACAGUGUGUAAGGAUCCCUCGGUGAAUUUCACCCAAGUGUUUACUGACGGGUCUCACGGCAAACUCGGACCUCGCUUCCUAUACCUCUGCAAGACGCUGGGAUCACUACUCAUUCCUCGCAUACAAGUCACCCAUAUCCGACUCUCCUUCGAUCUCUGUUUUAGCACACUCGAUGGCGGCGGCAAGCACUUCCAUCCCCGCGUCUUCCUCGAAACAGUCAAGCAAAUCUAUGAGCAUGUAUUCCUCCGACCUCUGGUGAAACUUUGCCCUGCCCUCGAGCAGGAAGUGUUCGCGACGAUGCUGCUGGAUCGGACGAUGACACUCGAAUUAGGGACAAUGCUAUUCAAGUUGUACGAGGAGCUCGAGAUUGACGGAUCAACGCCGGAUGCGCUGCUGACUGUGCACAACAGUGUCAGGCACCUUCGCGUCGAGUAUCUCCAGGAGCACUGGGCCUCGUAGUAUUUUUUUUUCUAUCUUUCAAUUCAAGCUCUCGCUCGUCUUUAGUCACUACUAAUGGCUCAAAUUUUAUACUACAUUAUCUCCCCGCCCAAUCGAACCUCGCCCUGGCUUUGCACAAUUUUCCUUCCGCCCCCCCUUCCACACGUUAGCCAGUAUUUUUUUCCUUACCUCCCCAAUAUCACGUGGCUCACGAUUUUGUCGCAGAUGGCCCCUCACGUGCACGACCAAAAAUGGGUUUACCCUUCACAAUUGUUCGGAAUCGCAUGACGUCGACGAUGUUGCAACUUGCCGUCCUUGUUCUAACCAACUUAUCCACGUGCCUCGCUUCGGGACAGAUGACAAACUUAAUGAAUUGCUGUUGCUAUGCAGCCAAUGGAGCACGUU